AUGAAGGCCCGGGACGAUGUCGUCAGGGGUCGCGACGCCGAGCUAGAGCAGUUGGCGAAGGCACAGGCUUCAGAGCGUAGCCGGCUGGAGAAGCUGGAGCAAAAAGUGGAGGCAGAGAAGGCCGAGCUGGAAGCCAAGGCGAAGAUCCUGGCUGAAGACCGCGUGGCCUUCAAGUCCCUCGAGGAGAGGACCCGCGUGGCGUUACGGGCACUCUACGAGAAGGGCUUGGAGGAGCCACUGGCUACCGCCGACAAGGGCCCCACCCAGCUGCUUCCUCAUCUGGUCGCGGCGCUUGAGGAAGUCUUGGGCGGUAUCGGCCCCUUGGUGGAGGGGGAAGCCCGCGCUCUUUCCUCGGCCGCCCUAACACGUGUCUUCAGUCACCUCCAUCUUCGCGACCCUGCCGCCAACCUCGACAAGCUGCUAGAGCCUGUGGACGACGAAAGCUGCACAGCUGCUGCCGAAGCCGUGAAGGGCCAGGUGGAGGCCUUGCUGAAGAGGUUCCGCGCCUUCGAUCCCGUGCACUCAACAGGCGGUGCUGCUGAACCUGCAACUCUGGCGGGUGGUGCAGAGAGUUUCAUCCGCUCUCUUCAUCCUUUUGCUUCUUCACGUUUCUUGUGA